ACGAUAUCACUCUUGCAAGAAAUGCGCACUUUGUCAUUUUGCUCACAUCGUUGUGUUCAUAUUCAACAACGACUCUGUAAAAAGUUGGAGUGAUUCUUUCUCCAGAACUUUCUGGGCUUUUCUGAUCGUCUAAAUUUGUACAGCAAGAAUUUGUUCUUGAACUUUUUGAUUGUGUUUGGUGCGAAAUUUCUUGCUCUUGCUCAAUGGUUGCUUCUUCUUGUCAAAACCCUUUUAGGAUUAGUGCUAAUCUUGUUGGGAGUUCAAGAUUUUUGCUUCCGAAAGUAGAAUUAUCAGUAGUUAAUUUCCCUCCAAAUGUAGAAUUUUCAAGACUCGGUUUUUACCGAAGUUUGACGUGUAAGGUGAAUUCUUGUUUUUGUUAUUGUAUUUUGAGAAAUUAAUGUUUUUAGCUCGUGAAUGGAUCAAAAUUUUUCCGUCUAGGUUGAUAAGGUUUAUUGACUUUUUCAUUGCUGUGGAGCAGCUCUGUGUGUGUGUGUGUGCGCGCGCGUGUGCUUGUAUCAUAAUUUUGGGUUUUUGAUGUAUCUGAAUUAUCAUUCACCUCUAUUUUUUAUGUGUAUAUAUGUUUUUUUGAUCGAGAUGACUAAGACUAAGAGAUAUAGGAAUGCGGCCAAUGCUAGUAAAAUUGAUAAUGGAUCAAGUUAGAGGGGGCACAAUCACAACCCCAUAAUCAUAUUCCCUUGUCAGCAUUGCAAUUGCUUGCUUGAGUAGUUAGUAUUAGGGUUAGGGUUGAAAACUCAUAGCGUUUAUUAGGGAGGAAUGGAUGGUGUUAAACGAUGCAGAAUGAGUUUGUUUUUUCGUCAUGAAUAACAAGAUCAUUGGAAGAUGUUUAUUGUUAUAUGUUGUAUUUCCUUAAUUCGUGCAGCAAUUCUGUUGCAAGUCUUUUCAAUUGGUGUGCGAGUCGCUAGGUUUUUCUGCCCGUAAAUCCUUUAUUUACGUUGAGUUAAGAAAGAGAUUCUCUGCGAGUUGGGUGUCAAUGACUCUUCUCACCCUACUUAUUUUUUGUUUGAGCUUCCACGUGGCUGCGUUUGCUUUCAGAUUCUACAAAAUUAAUGAAAUUGACUUAUUUGAGAUACCAUCUUAUAUUGCUGUUUCUUGAGCUAUUCUAGGAAAUAUGGUAUUUAUUGGCGUGAGAGUACCCUCAGCAUAUGUUGUUGUUUUUUCAUGUGUUUUUUUUAAGAACUUGUCGUGAAAUAUGCUACUUGUUGAUGUAGGAGUAUGGCGGUCAUGUACAUUGCUCAUCGAACACUGAUGGUGCCGUGAACGAGGAGGCCCUAACACCGAUUCUUGAUAUGGUUGACAAUCCCAUGAAUUUGAAAAAUUUAAGUUUGAAGGAGCUGAAGCAGCUGGCUGAUGAUAUUCGAACAGAAUUAUCCAUCAUGUCAAAAACUAACAAAUCUUUUCGACCGAGCCUAUCCGUGGUAGAACUAGCAGUUGCUAUUCAUCACGUUUUUCAUGCCCCAGUGGACAAGAUACUCUGGGAUAUGGAAGACCAAACAUAUCCUCACAAGCUUCUCACAGGGAGAAGGGCUUGCCUGAAUAAAUCAGGGCAGGUUGACGAUCUUUCCAGCUAUGCAUGUCGUAAUGAGUAUGACCCGUUUGGAGCUGGGCAUGGAUGUAGCAGCAUAUCUUCUGGACUUGGAAUGGCUGUUGCACGAGAUAUUAAGGGAAAAAGAGAUCGUAUAGUUUCAGUAAUCAGCAAUGAAACGACCAUGGCCGGCCAGGUGUAUGAGGCUAUGAGCAAUGCAGGUUAUUUGGAUUCAAAUAUGGUAGUGAUAUUAAACGACCGUCAUCACUCAUCAAAUCCUAAGCUCGAUCAAGCCCCAAAGGCAUCGAUCAAUGCUGUAUCUAGUACUCUUAGCAAGCUGCAAUCUAGUCAGUUUUUCCGCAAAUUUAGAGAAGUUGCCAAGGUUCUUACUAAGAGAAUUGGCCGUGGGAUGCACGAAUGGGCUGCCAAAAUCGAUGAGUAUGCACGAGGGAUGGUGGGUCCUCCGGGAUCAACUCUAUUUGAGGAGCUCGGGUUGUAUUAUAUUGGCCCUGUUGAUGGGCAUAACAUUGAAGACCUACUUUGUGUUUUGCACGAAGUGGCUUCAUUGGAUUCGAUGGGACCGGUUCUUGUUCAUGUCGUAACGAAGGAGGAGUAUGCAGUAGAAGAUAACCAGAUGGGUAAAGUAUCGGAAGAAUGUGUCGAAGGUCCCUUUACCAUUGAAGCAGCGCCCAUCAGGUCUCGACCUCAAACAUAUAGCGACCACUUUGCAAAGGCUUUGAUCACAGAGGCGGAGAUAGACGAAGAUAUUGUGGUGGUCCAUGCAGGGAUGGGAAUGGAGACAUCAUUUCGAGCAUUAAAAGAUAAAUUGCGUGACAGAUUUUUCGACGUUGGUAUGGCUGAGCAGCAUGCAGUAACUUUCUCUGCCGGGCUUGCUUGUGGAGGAUUGAAGCCUUUCUGUAUAAUUCCUGCGUCGUUCCUGCAGAGGGCAUACGAUCAGGUAGUUCACGACGUAGACAGGCAGAAGAUUCCUGUGCGUUUUGUUCUCACAAGUGCCGGACUAGUCGGGUCCGAUGGUGCCACGCAUUCAGGAGCCUUUGACAUAACAUUCAUGUCGUGCCUGCCUAACAUGAUCGUGAUGGCACCAUCUGACGAGAUUGAGCUUGCUCGUAUGGUGAGCACUGCUGCGGACAUUGAGGACCGACCAGUUUGCUUUCGCUAUCCUAGAGGUGCCAUUGCUAGUAUGGACCCUAACUUGCAUCUUCGUGAACCGAUUGAGGUUGGUAGAGGAAGGUUACUCGUAGAGGGUAAAGAUAUCGCUCUGCUCGGCUUUGGUUCGAUGGUACAAAAUUGUCUUCGGGCGCAUGCCAUUCUCUCGAAUAUGGGUAUAGAUGUCACCGUUGCUGACGCGAGAUUUUGCAAGCCGCUCGACAUAAAGCUGGUGAGGAUGCUAUGCAAGAACCACAAGUUCCUCAUCACAGUCGAGGAAGGUUCUAUCGGAGGUUUUGGAGCACACGUCGCUCAGUUCAUUUCUCUCGACGGCCUUCUCGAUGCUGGAAUUAAGUGGCGCCCCAUCACGCUGCCCGACAACUACAUCGAGGGGGCACAGCCUAACGAUCAGCUUGCGGCUGCAGGGCUGACCGGAAACCACAUUGCUGCGACGGCGUUGAAUCUCCUCGGCCGCACCCGCGACGCUCUUCUCUUGAUGUGCUAGUGUAUGCUACCGGCCACAAGUAAAUGUAAAAUACAUUAGGGUUAACAUCAACAAUGUAUAGAGUCUUUGUGCAUAUGUAACAAAAAGUGCGACUCUAUUUUUGGUUGGGAAGGUUUUUUUUUUUUUUUUGGAAAAAAAAGGAAUUUAAAGAAAGAAAGACACUCAUACUCUAGUCUUUUAAAUUAAAUUUUGUGAAACUUAUUCUUA